AUGGCCUCACAUCGCGCCGUGUCGCGGCUCGCGCACCAGCACCGCCGCCUGUCCGCUCUCUCCCUCCAGCCGACGCCGCCCUUCGUGCUCGAGCGCUUCUUCGCGGCGCACGAGUUCUCCUGCAAGCACGCGCUCUGCUCCAGCGACACGGAGGCCGUGAGCCUCGCCGACACCGUGGCGCGCAUGAGCGGCGACACGCGCGCCCUGUGGGAGUCGCUGAGCCUCGGCUACACGGAGACCCGCGGCCACCCGCGCAUGCUCGAGCUCCUCGCGGAGGACUACGACGGCCUCGCGCCGGCGAAUUUUCAAGAGCUCGCGCCCCAGGAGGCCAUCCUGCUGACCUUCGCCGCGCUGCUCGAGCCCGGCGACGCCGUCGUCGCGACGGCGCCGGGCUACCAGAGCUUCUUCACCUGCGCCGAGGCCGCCGGGGGCGUCGUCGCGGAGUGGCGGCCGCGGUUCGACGGCGGCGCCGCGCGCUUCGACGUCGCGGACCUCGAGCGGCUCUGCGCGGCGCACCGGCCGAAAUGCAUCGCGGUGAACUUCCCCCACAACCCGACGGGCGCCCUGCCGAGCGAAGAAGAGUGGGCGCGCGUCGUCGACGUCUGCGACGCGCACGGCGCGUAUCUCUUCGCGGACGAGAUCUACCGGGGCCUCGGGCGGACGCUGCCCGCGGCGGCGGCGGCCUACGGCCGGGGCAUCUCCCUCGGCGGCCUGUCCAAGUCGCUGGGCAUGCCCGGCGUCCGCGCGGGCUGGCUCGCGGCGAAAGACGACGCGUUUCUGACGCGCGACUACACGACGAUCUGCUCGUCGGCGCCGUCGCAGAUUUUGGCCAUCGCCGCGCUCGAGGACAAGGCCGCACUGCUGCGGCGGAGCAACGCGUUCGUGGACGCGGGGCGCGCGGCGGUGUCGGGCGUCCUGGACGCGCACGCGGACAAGCUGACCUGGGGCCCGGGCCCCGCCGCCGGGCCCGUCGGCUGGAUCCGGCUGGAGCGCGGGUCCGCGGCCGCGUACGUCGACGCGCUCCUGGAGUCGGACGACGGGCUUUUGUUAUUACCGUCGACGGUCUUCGACGCGGGCGACGCCCACGUGCGCGCGGGCUUCGGCCGCGCGGACUCGCCGGCGCUCAUGGCCAAGUGGCGCGCGACGCUCGACGACGCGGACCACCCGGCGACGGCGCUCCUUCGCGCGUAA